AUGUUGUCAGCUGCGGUGCUACUGGGCGGCUUGUCGAGCCUGGCGCUGGCGCAAUUCCCGCCAAAGCCAGAGGGCGUCACAGUGCUCAGAUCCAAGUUCCACGAGAAUGUCACCAUUUCCUUUAAGGAGCCGGGCAUUUGCGAGACAACCCCAGGCGUCAAGUCGUAUGCUGGCCACGUCCAUCUUCCUCCGCGGCUGCUUGAAGAUGCGGACGGCGAGCCCCAGAACUAUCCCGUCAACACUUUCUUCUGGUUCUUUGAAGCUCGCGAGAACCCUUCCACCGCUCCGCUCGCCAUCUGGCUCAAUGGAGGACCAGGGGCUUCAUCCCUGCUGGGCCUGCUGAUGGAAAACGGCCCGUGCUUCGUGAAUGAAGAUUCAAAGUCGACGAUGCUGAAUCCGUGGAGCUGGAACAACGAGGUCAACAUGCUGUACAUUGACGAGCCUAACCAGGUUGGCUUUUCAUACGACACGCCCACCAACUGCACGGCCAACCUCUCACCGGACGGUCUGAUCCUCAACCCUGCCGACUUCUCUGCCCAGCUGCCCGAGCUCAACCUAACGUCCAUGGUUGGCACCUUUAGCAGCCAGAAGCCGACGCACACGACCAACAGCACCGCCCAGGCUGCUCACGCCUUGUGGCACUUUGCCCAGGCCUGGUUCUCCGAAUUUCCGCACUACAAGCCCAGUGACGAUCGCAUCAGCAUCUGGGCCGAGAGCUACGGAGGCCACUACGGCCCAGGAUUUAUGCGAUUCUUUCAGCAGCAGAACGAAAAGAUUGCCGACGGCACAAUCAAGGAUGAACACGCCCACUAUCUUCACCUGGACACCCUCGGCAUCGUCAAUGGUUGGCUUGACUCUCUCAUUCAGGAGGAGGCGUACAUUGACUUUCCGUACAACAAUACGUACGGAAUCCAAGUCUUUAACCAGUCCAUCUAUGAGGAGCUGAAGCACAACUUCACAAAGCCCAAGGGCUGCAGAGAGCAGAUCGAAAGAUGCCAAAAGAGUCUCAGCCUCUUCGACGUGGCCACCGUCAAUGCCCAGAGAGUGAACUUCGUCGACCUUUGCGAGAUGGAGAGUUGGUGCAAGUCCCCAGCCGCCAGCACGUAUCUCAGCCUCGACAGCGGUUGGUUCGACAUCAGCCAUCCUGUCCGGGAUCCUUUCCCGCCGAGCCAUGCGUACGGCUACCUGACCGAAGAGAGCGUUCUGGGGGCCCUCGGAUCGCCGGUCAACUUCACUGCCGUCUCGGCUGCCGUGAGCAACAACUUUAUCAGCUCCUACGACGAGUUUCACGGCGAUUUCAUCGACGCAGUGGGUUACUUGCUUGACCACGGCGUCAAAGUCCACAUGAUGUACGGCGACCGCGACUAUGCCUGCAACUGGAUCGGCGGCGAAAGGGCCUCGUUGGCGGUGCCUUAUUCGCACGCCGACGAUUUUGCCCGCGCAGGUUACGCACCGCUGAUUACAGACAAGGGCGUCGCUGGCUUGACCCGGCAGUACGGCAACUAUAGCUUCUCCAGAGUUUUCCAGGCGGGCCACAUGGUCCCAUCGUAUCAGCCGGAAGCUGCCUACGAGAUAUUCAUGCGCGCCACGUUCAAUCGCGAUAUCCCAACGGGACUGCUGCCGGUCAGGGACGACCUGUCAACCGACGGGCCCAGCGACACUUGGCACGUCAGGCAUGAGCCGCCCGAGGCACCUGCUCCUAGAUGCUACAUUCUGGCUCCCCAGACUUGUGUGUCUGAACUGUGGGAGAAGGUUGUUGCCGGCACCGCUCGGGUCAAGGAUUGGUAUGCGGAGGAGGAGGCCGAGGAGGAGCAAUUUUCAGAGGAGCUGUAG